AUGCUCAGGUCCCAUUACCUUCUUUUACUUGCUCUUCUUUUCUGUCUUGCUGCCUUGGCCAAGGCUGGUAAACAUGACGACAACGACGACGAUGAUGACUCUAAAGUAUCUCUCGAAUGGCUCAUGGAACACCUUGGCUCAAGCAAAAACUAUCCUUCCUACAAGUUCCAACACACUCCUGAGGAUCCUAUUACCAAAGACUAUGACUUGGAGCAAAUCCAAUUUAUCAUUCGUCAUGGAACAAGAUACCCUACGGACGGCGAUGUUGAAGGUAUCCAAGCUGCCGUUGAGAAGCUGAAGGAAAGCAAAAAGAAAUUGGAGUGGUUAGAAGACGUACACAGCUAUAAUAUGCACUAUGAAGGCCUCUUGAACACGCGUGGUCAAAUGGAACACUACUUGAUGGGUCGCCGUCUUGCUGUUCGUUUUCCAAAGUUUAUCAAAAACUUGACUACUGAUGGCAUGGUCGUUCCUGAAUUCGGUGCCUAUUCUUCUUGGUCUAGCCGCACUACUCAAUCUGGUCAUGCUUUCACCAUGGGUCUCUAUGAAAAUGUUGGUAAGCUUGGAUCUGCCAACAUGAUGGCUGUUCCCUUAUUCACCUUUAAGGAAAACAAUGAUUCCCUUAUUGCCUUCCACAAAGCCUGUCCCAAAUGGGAAAAAGAAGCCAAGCCUUUGGUCAAGAAGAAGACUGCCUUUACUGUGAAGCGUUAUUUGGACCCCAUUGCCUCUAGACUUUCUGGUAAACUCGGCUUGAAUCUCACAUCUGACGACGUCUUGAACUUUUACAGUGGUUGCCAAUCUGAAGCUUCCAUUUAUGGCAAGGCUGAUACGUUCUGUCAAUUGAUGACCAAGAAAGAACUUGAAGAUUUGGAAUAUAACGAAGAUUUGAAGCACUACUACAAGUACUCUUAUGGUAUUCCUGAAGUGAAUGCUGAUAUGGCCUGCGAUCUUGGCAAGAAGAUUGUCGAAAACAUCGAAAGCACGGACAAGGUAAGGCUCGACUUGAAGUUUGGCCACUCUGAAACCAUGUUGCCCCUUCGUACCUUCCUUGGUCUUUUCCAUGACAAGGAUCUCUCUGAAAACACUCCCGAGAGCGAAAUUGAGAACCGUCAGUUCCGCUUGUCUAAAUUUGGCUUCUAUGCCAACAACAUCAUGUUCCAAGUCCUUCGUCACAAGAAGACACAAAAGAAGUUUAUUCGUGUCUUGGACAAUGAAGAAAUCAUCAAGUUCCCUGGUUGUCAAAGUGAAAUGUGUCCUGUUGAACAGUUCAUGGCUUAUAUGAAACCUAAGCUCACUUGCAAUUUCCAAAAGAAUUGUGAUCUUUAA